CAGUACUGUACGUCGCUUCGGAGAAAAGCGUUCGCUAAAUGAAUAAAUGUAAGUGUAAGCGAAGAAGCCGGGUUCAAAUUCACAUUCCUGUAGUACCCGCGCGCAAGGUACUACGCCCGAAUCAAUAGUAGAAACACUCGGCUAUGUAAAUGGGUAACUUACUGCAAGUAUGUUGGCACACGAAACCUGCGUGGACAGGCGUGAUGGUGAAGCGAGUAAAAGUAAAAGUGAAAUGUGAAACGUGAAUAUGGCGCAGCUCUGGGGUCCCGGCGUGCCGCGUAGACGUUUGUCUUCACGGCUCCGUUCGCGCGGAGCCGAGGGGGUAUGGAGCGCGCGCGAAGAGCGGGCAGGUGUCGGCUUUCACCCGCAAGGAAGCGUGAUUAGGCUAUUCUGGUGUCCCGCCACCUAGCGGGGUUUAGCUUUCAUAUAAGAAUUAGACGUCGGGGCCAGUUCGCGACCCAGGAAUGCCAGGGCUGGAAAAAUACCUGCCGUCACAUUUUAAAAUAAACCCUCGGAUGCGGCCUGCGGACGUCACGGGUCCGCCAGCGAACAAAGAGCGGCUGGGGGCCGAGGGCGGGCGGGUUGGCCGCGAUGGUAGAUAUGCCCCGCCAAAAAGCUUCCCCUCGGUUGCCCCGGCCGUGGCUUCCCGGCCGUCGGGGAGGGAGGGGUGGGGCGGGAGGUCGAGAAAGAGAGGAAACGGGUCCCGCUCGGCAACCACAUGGAGACGCGGCUUCGUCCGAGCGGGGUCCGGCGCGGCGCGGUGCUGCCUGGAGGUCACCUGACAGUCUCAUGUCGUGCGAAUUUAGUUCAGCGCUAUUCUUAGGCAGUGCCCGUGACGGGGAGAAGAGGGCACGGGAGAACCAGGAGAGACAUGAACAAUGAUGCCCAGCUGGCCGUCCCCCGAGCUGGAGCCGAGCCAGAUCAGGCUCAUCGUGUACCAAGACUGCGAGCGGCGAGGGAGGAAUGUCCUCUUCGACUCCAGCAACAAGAGGAGGAGCGCGGAGGAAGGUCCGGCCACGAAGCAGUGCGGCGAGGUGCAGGCCAGGGCGUUCGGGCGCUGCUGCCGGCUGAAGCCCACAGGGGGCAGCUCCAGCUCCCUGGACAGUUCGUCGUCAUCCGCCUCGGAGCCACGGGAACAGGGGCCGCGUUUCCAGGGCUCCCGCUGCUCUUCGGACGCCAACAUGCUGGGGGAGAUGAUGUUUGGCUCGGUGGCCAUGAGCUACAAGGGCUCCACGCUGAAAAUCCAUCAGAUUCGGUCUCCGCCCCAGCUGAUGCUGAGCAAAGUGUUCACGGCCCGCACAGGAAGCAGCGUUUACGGCAGCCUAAACACGUUGCAAGACAGCCUCGAGUUCAUCAAUCAAGACACUACGCUUAAACCAGAUCAAAACACUGUGGUGAACUGCUUCCUCGAGAACAUCGGUCUCUCUCAGCUCUGCAGCCCCCGGCGGGCUUUCUCUGAGCAGGGCCCUCUCCGUAUGAUCAAGAGCGCCUCUUUCUUUUCAGGGCCCAGCAAUCCUAUGGACAUGCCUGGCAGGGGACUCUAUGACGAGAGGGACAGCAGAAUCGCCAGAUCAGCGUCUCUCAGCAGCCUGCUGAUCACCCCGUUCCCGUCGCCUGGCUCCUCCCUCACCAGCAGCUGUGCCAGCAGUUACCAGCGUCGCUGGCUGCGCAGCCAGACCACCAGCCUGGAGAACGGGGUCUUCCCGAGAUGGUUGAUGGAGGAGAGCUUCAACAUGUCCGACGACAGCGGUGGGCCCGGCCUGGGGGUCGCCAGGAAGAAGAAGAUUGCCAUCGGCGUCAUCUUCCAGCUCUCGCAGGACGAGGAGGAAAGCGGCAGGUUCCAGGACUUCUUCUUCUCCCACUUUCCGCUCUUUGAGAGCCACAUGAACAAAUUGAAGAGCGCCAUCGAACAGGCCAUGAAAAUGAGCCGGAGAUCAGCCGACGCGAGCCAGAGGGCAUUGGCUUACAACCGAAUUUUAGACGGGCUCAGCGAAUUCAGGACGACCAUCUGCAACCUUUACACCAUGCCACGCAUCAGCGAGCCCGUGUGGCUGACCAUGAUGUCCGGGACGCCGGAGAAGAACCAGCUCUGUUGUCGGUUCAUGAAGGAGUUCUUCCUCCUCGUAGAGCAGGCCUCAAAGAACCAGUUCCUUCCAGCCCUCCUCACUGCUGUCCUCACCAAUCAUCUGGCAUGGGUCCCCACAGUGAUGCCCAAUGGACAGCCGCCCAUCAAGAUCUUCCUGGAGAAGCACUCAUCCAAGAGCGUGGACAUGUUGGCCAAGACACACCCCUACAAUCCUUUGUGGGCACAACUUGGCGAUCUGUACGGUGCGAUCGGCUCCCCCGUGCGCCUCUCCAGAACCGUGGUGGUGGGCCGGCGACAGGAGCUGGUGCAGCGUCUGCUCUACUUCCUCACCUACUUCCUUCGCUGCUCGGAGCUGCUGGAGACGCACCUGCUGGAGAGCGCCGAGGACGAGGCCAUCGUUAUGCCGGGCUCGCUCAUCACCACCUCUCUGCGCCGGGGCGAGGUGGAGGAGUCCGAGUACGUGCUGGUCACCGUGCACCAGCCUCACGGCGACUACCCGCCCCCCCCGCCGCCGCCACCGCCGCCGCCCCCUGCUGAGCCAGAGGAUGAGCCCACGCCACCUGCCUGCUGCCAGGAUGAGGACAGCGGAGAUGACGCCCCGCUCUGCAGGGAGAAAGUCGGCCUCUGCCCGGAGACGAGGCUGGAGACUGUGGUGGGCGUCGGGUCUGCGUCGCCGCGCGAGCUGGUGGUGGCGCCCGGCGUGGGCAUGGAAGAUGCCGUUGAUGAGGAAGACCUGAGCGCAGAGAAGCUGCCGGUGAAAAUGUUCCGCUCCUCUGGAAUACCCCUGGAGAAGAAGCCCCCCGACAAGACCCCGGUCGAGGGGCUCGCCGGCGGCAAAGUGACCUUCCUCAUCGGGGAUUCCAUGUCGCCGGACUCGGACACCGAGAGCCGGAGGCGAAAGGUGGACGAUCAAAUACGGAAGCACAGGAGGCAUCUGAAGGAAAAGCAGCAGCAGCAGCAGCAGCAGGGCUGCACCGUGCAACACUGCGAGCCCAAGAAGGCAUCAGAGGACCAAAGCAGCACCGGCGAGGGUAAGAUGCCGCUCUUGCAUGUGUCCAGCAAAGCGCUGCAGUGGGGAUCCUCCCAGGAGGAGUGCAUGGACCUGUUUGAUGAGUACUUUAGUGACGAAAACCCCGUGGAGACCAGGACAAUCGAUGACGUGCCGGAAGCGCAGCGGCCGCGCGGCACGAACAGAGCGAAGGAGAAGGCGACGGAGGCGGCGCCGCGGCGCGAGGACGCUGGACGGGUCGCGGCCGCCGAGAGCCGCUGCACGAGCUGUUCCGCCGAGCUGGGCAGAGCGAUUGUGAUCUCUGUCACUGUCCCCCAAGGGGACCAGGGGCACCUGAAGAAAGCGAGCCCCCCGAACGAGUGGGAGAUCCCGCGGAACGAGAGCUCCGAUAGCGCCUUGGGGGACAGUGAGAGCGAAGAAGCCGCGCAGGAGCUCCACCGCCACGAGGGCGCGUACUACGGGGAGGAGCAGGAGGAAUGGAUGGACGAGGUGGAAGUGCCCUUCCCAGGGUCAAAGCUGGUGGAGAAUUUCUCCAAGCCCAGCAUCGCCAACUUUGGGAGGUCCCUGUUCGGAGGCUACUGUCCGACGUACGUCCCCGACUUCGUUCUGCACGGGAUGCCGAACGACGAGAGGCUCAAGCAGUGCCUCGUGACAGACUUGGCUCAUGCCGUACAGCAUCCAGUGCUGGAUGAGCCCAUCGCCGAGGCGGUCUGCAUUAUAGCGGACACAGACAAGUGGACUGUGCAGGUGGCCAGCAGCCAGAGGCGCGCCAUGGACAAUAAGCUGGGCAAGGAGGUCCUCGUGUCCAACUUGGUGUCCAACCUGCUUCAUUCCACCCACCAGCUGUAUAAGCUGAACGUUUCCCCAAACUUCUGCAUAAUGCACCUUGAGGACCGGCUGCAAGAGCUCUAUUUCAAGAGUAAAAUGCUGGCAGAGUACUUGAAGGGUCAAACCAGAGUUCAUGUCAAGGAGCUGGGGAUGGUUUUGGGGAUCGAAUCCAGCGACCUGCCGCUGUUGGCAGCGGUCGCGAGCACCCACUCGCCGUACGUGGCGCAGAUCCUGCUCUAGACGGCCGCGAGCCGUCGGCACAAUCGAGUCUGGAACCAGAGGACUGGCGAGAACGCAGCGCUGGUGCAGACUAGGCACGUCCGGCCCGGCCCGACUCGGCGCCGUAAGGCCGUAGGGAGUCCCGCGGUCCUCGCCGCACUUGUUGGACCCCUGGGCCGGCCCCGGACUGGCAGCCUUGACGGUGGCCAAAGCGAGGCAGGACGAAUAAGCACGCCAAGGGAGAGGAAGUGGCCCGAAAGAAGGACGCCGUGGUUGUCGCUCGCUGUCUAAAUCUGCAGAGACUGGAGAUCAGUGGAAAUACUUUCCCAAAGGAGGAGACUGUUGUCCAUGUUUUUUGUUUCUUUUUUCUCAGUUUUACCUUGCAUACAAAGCAUACUUUUACUCUCCUAUAUAAAAUUCGUCUAUCUUCUUUUUUCGUUAAGACUGAUACGCCAGGCAGGAAAUGCAAACCAUACUUUUCUUACCACGCAAAGAGCACACGUAUAGGAAAGAAAGGAAAUACUUGCCACUUUGAGAAAUCCUGUUUGUGUUCAAUUCAAACUUAUGACGCAGUCCAGGAAAGUGUUGUGUAUAUAACAAGUUCUGAUGAAAUAGGGAGAAAGGAAAACGUAGUGCCAGUGAUCACUUUGACACCAUUCAUGUGCACCAUUGUCACAGGUACAAUCUACCUCAUACCUCCAGCUGAAGUUCGUCCCCUUCGUUAUUAGCUGUGUUUGCCUGCUUCAAAGGGAACUUGUUUCUCAUUCAUAAAACACACUCAUGUUCAUAAGGAACAAAUAAAACGCAGUGUUGUUCUCUGCUGAAAAAGCUACUUUCUCUCUCUCACCUGUUGUGAGUCUGAACGGUACGUAAUUUCAGGUCGACGACGGAUAAUGUUUGUAAAAUUUUUCAGACGAUGAUUUCUGAACUUAUUACAUUGUCACUUACACUAUGUUUACUGUUUGGAUGCAUGCUUUUAAGGAAACUAUUGAAUAUACCAGCUAACAAUAACAUUGUUAUUUCUUUGUUCCAGCUUCA